AUCGAAAGAAAACAAGUUGAAAAAUCGUUUUAUGCAUUUUCCCUGAAUUUGCAUUUUGCUGAGUUCAUAAUUUACUAGUAAAAUCGCAAACCGUCGCUUUAAAGUUGCAGGCGUCCAGUUAAAAUAGUGAAUUCUUGGCGAGAAAACAUUGAAUUACGAUUAGAAAACAUUUGCCAUUAAUCACUCUGCUAAAGUGUAGUGAAAACCUAAAAGAUGGAAGCUCUCAUACCGGUGGUGAACAAGCUGCAAGAUGUAUUCAAUACAGUUGGUUCUGACGCAAUUCAACUUCCGCAGAUCGUUGUCCUCGGCAGCCAGAGCUCUGGCAAGAGUUCAGUGAUCGAGAGUUUAGUUGGACGAACAUUUCUGCCGCGAGGAACCGGAAUCGUAACGCGUAGACCGUUGAUUCUUCAACUAGUUUAUACGCCAAUGGACGACCGAGAGCACCGUUCUGCAGAACAAGGAACAGUCAGCGUUGAAGAGUGGGGUCGAUUUCUACACAUUAAGAACAAGAUUUUUACUGACUUCGAUGAAAUUCGAUCUGAAAUUGAGAAUGAAACGGAUCGCAUGGCUGGGAACAACAAAGGAAUUUGUCCGGAACCAAUCAACCUUAAGAUUUACUCAACCAAAGUGGUCAAUUUGACUCUCGUUGAUUUGCCGGGUAUAACGAAGGUUCCAGUUGGAGAUCAGCCUGAGGAUAUUGAAACACAAAUCAAAGAUUUGCUAAUUCAGUACAUUGAAAAUCCCAAUUCAAUUAUUUUGGCUGUUACUGCAGCUAAUACAGAUAUGGCAACCAGUGAGUCGCUGAAAAUGGCCAAGGAGGUUGACCCUGACGGUCGUCGAACGUUGGCAGUGUUGACGAAGUUAGAUCUGAUGGAUGCGGGUACGGAUGCUAUUGAUAUUCUUUGCGGUCGAGUGAUUCCGGUAAAGUUGGGCAUAAUUGGUGUGGUUAACCGGUCGCAGCAAGCGAUAAAUGAUAAGAAAGCUAUAGAAGAGCAACUUCGUGAUGAAGCGGCGUAUUUGCAGAGAAAAUAUCCGACUUUGGCUACCAGAAAUGGAACCCCUUAUUUGGCGAAGACAUUAAAUCGGUUGUUAAUGCACCACAUUCGUGAUUGCCUUCCCGACCUGAAGACGCGAGUCAAUGUGAUGGCAUCGCAAUUCCAGUCCCUAUUGAAUUCGUAUGGAGAAGAUGUCACUGACAAAAGCCAAUGCUUACUGCAGAUCAUAACGAAGUUUGCUUCCGCGUAUUGCUCUACAAUUGAAGGCACUUCGCGAAACAUUGAAACCACGGAACUCUGCGGAGGGGCUCGAAUUUGUUACAUUUUUCACGAAACUUUCGGCAAAACUCUUGACUCAAUUCAUCCAUUGACAGGACUGACCAAAAUGGAUAUCUUAACAGCAAUUCGCAAUGCAACCGGUCCCCGACCGGCUCUUUUUGUACCGGAAGUCAGUUUUGAACUUUUAGUAAAACGUCAAAUUCGAAGGUUGGAGGAACCCUCGCUUCGUUGCGUUGAAUUAAUUCAUGAAGAAAUGCAGCGCAUUAUUCAACACUGUGGCACCGAAGUGCAACAAGAAAUGUUGCGUUUUCCUAAGUUGCAUGAAAAGAUUGUAGAUGUAGUUACUCAGUUGCUGCGUCGCCGUUUACCUACAACUAACUCGAUGGUCGAGCAUUUGGUGCAGAUCGAGCUAGCUUACAUCAACACGAAGCAUCCUGAUUUUCACAAGGACGCUGCCCUGGUGCCAAGUCUGUUGAAAGCGGAUAUGCAGGACCAGUGGGCACAUUUACAUCAAACUGGCAAUCCACCGAGUCGUCGAGCCCGUCCCACACCACAACAACCUGUGGUUCCAAUUCAGCAGAACAAUUUCGAGCCAGCCGUUGACUCCAAUCACGUUAAUGAACACACAUCCAGCUGGUUGUCUAAUAUUUUACCGCCGCCGAUUACUGGACAGACACCGCCGGGCACGCAGAUGCCUCCAGAUAGCGCAGAAAAUUCGGCUACCAACACUCCCACCCACGGAGUGCUGAGUCCAUCGAAAGCGGUCAAUCUUUUGCCAGAUGUUCCGAUUAACCAUUCAUCCCGGAAGCUGACUGAUAAGGAGCAAAAGGAUUGCGAUGUGAUUGAGCGCCUCAUCAAAUCCUACUUUUACAUUGUGCGCAAAUCGAUUCAGGAUUCAGUGCCGAAAGCGAUCAUGCACUUCCUGGUCAACUUUGUGAAGGAUAACCUGCAGUCCGAACUGGUGACACAUCUGUACAAAUCCGAUUCGGCCAACGAGUUGCUGAAUGAAUCGGAUCAUAUUUCGAUCCGGCGCAAAGAAGCCAGCGACAUGCUUAAGGCACUAACCCGUGCCAACCAUAUUAUAAGUGAGAUUCGUGAAACGCACAUGUGGUAAAGCCCAGACGCGGGCCAGUAACAAUGCGUAGAAAGAUCGACUGUACAUCAAAGGAAAUAGAAAACACACGCUCGGCUGAUGAACGCGUUCGGGUGGUCCAGCGUAAGCUUUGAUUAAAAAGAAAAACAAACAACUCUAGGCAUUAGACUAUUAGAUUUUCAGAUUGGUUCCCGGCGUUUGUUGUCCGGCUGUUUUUCCUAGUGUGAACACUCUCUACCCGCAACCAUUUACAUUUACGGAAUGCAUUCACUAGCUGUUUUUAUGGUAAAUCAAGAACUAGGUAAACUAUUGUUACGAAUUGAAUAUUCAUCUUGGUUAUGAUAGGAAGACGAAAGAACAGCAUUGCAGUUUCACCUUGUUUGCAUGGCAAUUCAGAUGAUAUUUGAUUUUUCUGAAGAAAAAAAAACGAAUUCUUUCUAGUCUGCUAUCUAACGACAUUAAUUACAUCGAUUUUUUAGAGUUGCUCAAAUUUCACCUAUCGUUUCUUAUAACAGACAUUCAGUUAUAUGCCAAAGAAAAGGCUGUAGUUUAUAAACGAUUACUAUUGGCUUGUUUCCAUUAAACUGUACAAGUACUGUUAAUCAAUCAUAAUACAUUAGGUUAUUUUGGUCAAUAAUAACAUUUGUUUACUUGAAAAGCACUGCAUAAUAUAAUUUCUUUUGCAAAUAUGUACAGAAUUGUUUGAUUUCAUGAUUUUCGAUUCGAAAAUGUUGCUAAUCAUAUAACCAUGAACCGGUAUCGUAUACUAUUCAAAACAUCAGACAUGUUUCGUUAACUAGUUAAAUCAUCGAAGGGAAUUGUUCAUCUGCGCACCUAAACAACAGAGUAUUUCAUUUCGCAACUUUAAAACCGAGAGAGAAAUUUAACAGCAUUAGGGUGCCAGCGAACUGGGACUCAUUGCUUUCUUUAUAAAACAUAAAAUAUAAACUUCGUAAUAGUACCUAUCCCUAAAAAUGUUAUACCGAAGGUAACAGACGUACAGGAAACUUGGGAAAACAUACUUUAAGUGAAAAGCACAGCAAACUAUGCAGUACUAAUAGACACAGUGCCAUUAUUUUCUCGAAUAAUUGAGCAAUCAUAGUUUGCUUAUCAUGCAGUUCAGUACCGCAAAGUGAGUUUGAAUUCGAACAAAUUAACCGAAGCUGGCUUUUCUAAGCAAUAUUACGUUCUCUGUCACUCUGUAACAUAUGAAAUGAAAUGAAAAAUAACGUUUUUCGCAGGUUUAACUCUAGACGGCUGUUAUCUUGGGCUAUAGAACAAUCUAUUCGCUUUUGUGGGUUGUUAGCAAAAACAUAUUAAUAUUAACAACUGUCGAUUUAAAAUGAAUAAACGAAAGACAGCAAAGGAAAACAAACUACACAAUAGAGCAAUUUCUUAUAAAAAUAUACUCAAUAAACAACAGAAAACUGGAAUAAAUCGCAACAAAUGAU